UUUCUUCUUCACUCGCUCCCUCCCACUGACAUAACAUAACAGACUUUUGAAGAGUGAGAAAUGGAAAGAGAACUCGGGAACUGAGCACAAAACCAGUUGAAGAAGAUGAUGAAGAACUAGCACCUCCAUUUCACCAUUCCUUUGCAGCCUCAACUCAAAAAACUAGGGUUUCUGUAAUUUCAAGCGAAUUUGUUAAGGAAAAUCGCCACCAGCAUCAGCUGCAUCAGCAGAUUUCCAUUUUCGGGUACUGUGGGUCAGAAGACUCUAUUAACUCAAUUAUUUUAUCUGCUUGAUUAUUUUUCUAAGGGAAACACACAAGCAUGCAGACACCCAAAGCAAAAGUUGGCUCCUCAGAAGUACCUCAAAGAAAAUCCCCCAGGACGCCUAGAACCGCUCGUCAACUUAAAACUCCAAGCUCACAUCCUGAUUCCGUUUCCACUUCUCCACUUGCUGCUAGCAAGUCACCGAGAGAGAGGAGUCCUAGGGUGGUGACUGACCGCAAGUCACCACGAUCUCUGGCCACUGAGAGUAAAGUGCCUAGCAAAGUGGCUGAAUUGGAAUCACAGCUUUCUCAACUUCAGGAGGAACAAAAGAAGACAAGUGACCAACUGAGCGCAUCUGAAUCAGACAAAAGACAGGCCCAACAGGAGGCGGAAGAAGCAAAGAAACAACUAUCAGAUAUGUCUGCAAAGCUUGAAGAAUCCCAACAGCAGGUGCUCGAGCUCUCCAAUUCGGAGGAAGAUCGUGUUCAAGAACUGCACAAAAUUUCUCAAGAUCGUGAUCGAGCAUGGCAGUCUGAGCUUGAGGCCAUUCAAAAGCAACAUUCAAUUGAUGCUGCUUCAUUGGCCUCUGCCAUGAAUGAAGUUCAGAGGCUCAAGGUCCAGUUGGAGACGGCGUCUGAAUCUGAGUCCACCCAGAGUACGCUUGCUGAGUCUGCACAAACUGAGAUAGAUUGUUUAAGAACCCAGCUAUCAGAGACUCUCUCCCUAGUUGAAAAACUGAAAGAUGAGCUUAGUUACUGUAAAGAAUCUGAAGCUCAAGCUCUUGAAGUUGCAAGGAAAAAUCAUAAUCAAUUUGAAACAGCCAAGGCAGCUGUGGAAAAGCUGCAAUCGGAUGGAAUUAAAGCCAUUGACGCUUACAACUCUCUGUCAUUAGAGUUGGAGCAAUCAAAAGCUCAGAUUCAAUCAUUGGAGGAACAAAUCAGCAAGAAGAUUCAGAAAGGUUUGUUAGAUUCUGAAGACAAUGGUUUAGAUCCUGAAGUCAAAGCAAAAGCUGCUGAGCAAAACGAUGGAAAGGAUGAUAUUAGUAAGGUAAAAACUGAGCUAACCGCUUUGAGAUUAGAAGCAGAUAAGUCAAAAUCUGCAUUGGAGGCAGCUGAGGCAAGAUUCGAGGAGGAAUAUGUUCGUACAACAUUGCAAAUUAGAAUUGCUCACGAACUUGUGGAACAAAUGAAAGUAGAGUCAUGUCAGAAAGAGGCCGAAUUGGAUGCAGAACUUAAGGAGACCAGGGCGAACUUAGAACAACUGAGAGUAGACCUUAAGGAAAAAGAAACUCAACUGUGUAGCAUUGUGGAGGAGAACAAGGAGCUCAACUCAGAGAUAAGCAAAAUGAUACCAGUCGACAGGGAGUCCGAACUAGCAAUGGAACUACAAAGGUUAGAGGCUGAUAUGGUGGAGCUGAAGAACAGGCUCUUGGAAAAGGAAACACAGCUGCAGGGUACAACAGAGGAAAAUGAUGCACUCAAGAAGGAAAUUGAGAAGAUCAAUGAGGAAGUGGUUAGUAUAGCAGAAACAACCAAAGCUGCAGAGGAGGCGCUGAUGAAACUCGAGCACGCAACAGAAGAGGCAGAUAAAAGUAACCGAAGAGCGGCACGAGUGGCCGAGCAAUUGGAUGCUGCACAGGCUGCAAGCUCUGAAAUGGAAGCUGAGCUGAGGAGGUUGAAAGUGCAAGCAGAGCAGUGGAGGAAGGCAGCUGAGGCAGCUGCUGCAAUACUCUCAACUGGGAACAAUGGGAAGAUUGUUGAUAAACUAGUUUGUUUGGAGAACAAUUACCCUAUGGGGUCACCAUACUCGGAAGAUCUUGAGGCGUCGCCAAAGAAGAAGAAUGGAAAUGUGUUGAAGAAGAUAGGAGUUUUGUGGAAGAAAGAGCAGAAGAAAACUGGUUACUGAAUUAACUAUAAUACUGUAUGAAUUGAAUGGUUUAUGAUGUCUUCUGUUCUUCCUUGUACUUUCCCUUUGCCCUUUGCUUUGUUUCAUGUUCGAAGACUAUGCUAAUAUGUAGUAUUGUAUGCAGUGGCAAAUGGGCAAUGUAUAAUUUUACAUGUCAAUCC